ACGCUGGGCUGCGGCGGCGCGAUGGCUCCGGCGGCCGAUCGCGAGGGUUACUGGGGUCCCACGACGUCCACGCUGGACUGGUGCGAAGAGAACUACGCCGUGACCCGGUACAUCGCCGAGUUCUGGAAUACAGUGAGUAACCUGAUUAUGAUCAUACCUCCAAUUUUUGGUGCAAUUCAGAGCAUUAAGGAUGGACUGGAAAAGCGCUACAUUGCUGCUUAUUUAGCACUGACAGUGGUAGGAAUGGGAUCCUGGUGCUUCCACAUGACUCUGAAAUAUGAAAUGCAGCUACUGGAUGAACUUCCAAUGAUUUACAGCUGCUGCAUAUUUGUGUACUGCAUGUUUGAAUGUUUCAAGAUGAAGAACUCAGUAAAUUAUCACCUGCUUUUCCCUCUAGUUCUGUUCAGUUUGAUAGUAACCACAGUUUACCUAAAAGUGAAAGAGCCUAUAUUUCAUCAGGUCAUGUAUGGAGUGUUGGUCUUUGUAUUAGUACUUCGAUCUGUUUAUAUUGUUAUAUGGGUUUAUCCAUGGCUUAGAGGACUGGGCUAUACGUCCCUGGGUUUAUUUUUAUUGGGAUUUUUAUUAUGGAACAUUGAUAACAUCUUCUGUGAUUCACUGAGGAACUUCCGAAAGAAGGUGCCACCAGUCCUAGGUGUGACCACACAGUUUCAUGCAUGGUGGCAUAUUUUAACUGGCCUUGGUUCUUAUCUUCACAUCCUUUUCAGUUUAUAUACAAGAACACUUUACUUGAGAUACCGGCCAAAAGUGAAAUUUCUCUUCGGGAUCUGGCCAGUGGUCAUGUUUGAACCUCUCAGGAAGCACUGACGAAUUUAUUUCAUGAAGAAAACAAAAAUCACCUCUUUAUAAGCCUGGCAGGAUGAAGAAGAAAUUCCUGCAGACGUGCGCACUGAACGACAUCAUGCCUGUUGCAAAAGAGGAAUGACUUUCUGACUAAUGCUGCCCUCCACACAGAACAAGAAGUGGACCUAUUGGGUGUUUAGCGCCUGGCUUUUAUCUUAUUUGUUCUCCUCAUCUAAGAUGUUCAUAAAGAAAACAGAUAUAUAAUAUAUAUUUAUAUUAUAGAAUGAUGGAGAAAUUGGGCCUAACAUGUUAACAGUUUGUGCUGGUCAUGGGAAAUUAACCUUUUUCUCUUUUUUUUUUUUUAACAGGGGUUGCAUGUUAAUCAUAUGUUUCUUAAUAUUUGAUUAAAUAAUGAAAACAGUCA